AUGGGUGUCAUGUGGUCUCAGUUUUUCCCGCCUCAGCCAACCUUGACAGAGGUCAACCUUCCUAGCCAGAAAGGCAAGGUCUUCAUAGUUACCGGCGGGUACUCUGGCGUUGGCUAUGAGCUCGUCACUAUGCUAUACCAAGCUGGAGGCAAAGUGUACCUUGCAGGCCGCUCGGAAGAUAAAGCAAACGCUGCUAUAGCCGAAAUCAAGGCUCUCCCGACAAAAGAUUCCUCAGAAGUCGGAGACGUUGUUUUCCUGCAUCUUUUGCUAGAUGACUUGACCACAAUCAAGCCCGCUGUGGAGAAGUUCACCUCAGCCGAGUCUAGACUAGACGUCUUGUUCAACAAUGCAGGUGUUUCUAACCCACCCAAGGGUUCUGUUUCUGCGCAGGGCCACGAAUUGCAACUAGCUACUAACGUUCUUGGACCGCACUUGCUUACUCAAUUGCUACUCCCGACCCUGUGUAACACAUCUAAAUCGCUUGCUCCGGGUAGCGUGCGCGUUGUUUUCACAAGCUCCAUCACUGACCAAGUACAAACACCAAAGUAUGGAAUUGAGCUAUCAGAGCUCGAAAAGCCAAUUCCUGACCCUCAACACAACUACACUAUCUCCAAGUUGGGUAAUUGGUACUUAGCUGAUGCGCUCGCUAAGCAAGCAGGCGGUGAUGGUAUUUUGACAGUCACUCAGAACCCCGGCAACCUGAAGAGUAACCUGACUCGCCAUCUCCCAUCCCAUGUGAUCAUGCUUGUUAGUCCACUGCUGCACCAUUCCAGGAAAGGUGCAUACACCGAACUUUGGGCCGGACUGUCACCUGAGCUGAAGAUUGAAGAUAAUGGCAAAUACAUCAUGCCCUGGGGUCGUAUUCACCCAAAUCCCAGGCGGGAUCUUCUGGAUACUAUGAAGACCAAGGAAGAUGGCGGCAACGGAGUUGCUGCUGCUUUUAUAGAAUUUGCAGAUGAACAAAUUGCAGAUUUCAGGUAG